CAUAGUGGCUCACCGCUUCUCCGCUCACUCUCCGCCGCAUGCUGUUCCAGCACAGAGCGCGCUGUUCUGGAGGAGUCAGGACACUGAGACACGCUGUGACAUCUCUUCUUCUCUGUGAUGUUGAUAGACCUGGGAAGAUUAGAAGCAACACCUGAUGAAACAUGCAUAGGACUCUGAAUAGAUUAAGGACGUCAUACAGACUGCCUCUUUGGACUUUUCAACAACAUUGGACCGUUGUAUGAAGUUAAAAGAAACGGAUGGCAAAUGACUAGCCUCCAAACUAGAUUUUAUGGACCAUAGCCAUGGACGUCUAAUGGCUAAACCUUCAAAGAAUGGUUUCCUCUUUUGGGUCAUUGGGAGCGCUGUAGAAUGGAGGAUCCAUUCCAGACAUUCUCUCAAGGGUCUGUCACGCUACCUUCAAGAAGAAUGAGCAAUUUUCACCAGAUGGAUAUGCGCAUGUCGCUACUGAACUGGUCUAAUGGUUCAUUUAUCUGGACGGAGAACUAAUAGGACCCUGAAGAAGAGGAAGUGGCCGUAACUUGACCCAUGACAAAGUAUGUGCAUGAAGAGCCAGGCUGAAGCGGAUGAAAUGGCAAUCGACAGUAAAGUUUUGAACAAAACUUGCUUUGUGGUCUACACCUGGGAAAUAUGAGACUUUAGUUGACAGACAAAACAUAAACAGUUCUUCUUCGUUUUAAUCAAAGACAUACCCUAGUGACUUCAACAAGUGGUUCUGGUAUGGGCGGCAGUUGGCUGAUCUGUUUGUCUUGUUUUUGAUGGUACGCAGAGAUGCCCCAACUUUCUUGAACUGCGUCAUCCUACCCACCUUGUUGUUGAGGUUGUCAGCUGUGAUGCUGCGCAGGGGUCUUCUGGCCUGGCUCUCACGUGUGGGUGUUCUGUUAGUGGUGGUGUGCUGUUGUCUUUCCCUCCUUUAUGUCAUCACUUGCAGCCCCCAUGCUGAUGAGCCCAUGGCUGGGCAACCCCUGCCCAGGGCUGGAGGGAUGGCUAUGCCAGGAGGUCCAAGCAGGCCAGGUGGGGUUGGAGGUGCCCCCAUCGGCCCUGCCGGACGGGAAGGGUUCCAAGCCCUUCUCCAAGAGUGCGAAGAGCAGCACCGGCAGCAUAUUACCAGCUUGAAAAAACAAAUUGCUCAACUCAAAGAGGCUCUCCAGGAACGGAGCGAACAACUUAAAGGCAUGCAGGACUCUGUGGAGAAGAUGGCUGGGAAGGGGACGGUGGGCGACGUGACUGACGACCACAGUCACAGCGACCUGCAGGAGUUCCUACGCAGCCAGCUGAGCCGGGCGGAGGUGCACUCUGGGGUAAGACUUCCGAGUGAGUACGCCGUGGUGCCCUUUGAGAGCUUCACCUUACAACGCGUCUACCAGCUGGAAAUGGGGUUGACCCGUCACCCCGAGGAGAAGCCGGUGAGGAAGGACCGCAGGGACGAGCUGGGGGAGGUGGUGGAGAGUGCGCUACAUGCCCUCAAUGCGCCAAAUCAAGGUGGAGACAAAGCGAAAGCCAGCAAAGUCUACACACCAUCAGACUUUAUAGAAGGCAUAGCGCGCACUGAGAAGGACAAGGGCACGCUGUACGAGCUGACCUUCCGUGGAGAGCAGAAGCAGGAGUUUCGCAGGCUGCUUCUCUUCCGCCCCUUCGGCCCCCUCAUGAAAGUGAAAAGUGAGCUGGUGGAGACGGCCAACAUGCCCAUUAACAUUGUGCUGCCUCUGUCCCAGAGAGCCGACAAAUUCAAACAGUUCAUGCACAACUUCAGAGAGGUGUGUGUGAAGCAGGAUGGCCGGGUGCACCUUACCGUGGUAUACUUUGGAAAGGACCAGAUGAAUGAGGUCAAAGGAACCUUGGAGAACACAUCGAGGGAGCUGAACUUCCGUAACUUCACUCUGAUUCAGCUGAAUGAGGAGUUUUCUCGGGGUCGAGGGCUGGAUGUGGGCGCUCGUGCUUGGAAGGGAGGCAACGUGCUGCUUUUCUUCUGUGAUGUGGACAUCUUCUUCACAGCCGACUUCCUGAACACAUGCCGUCUGAAUACCCAGCCUGGAAAGAAAGUGUUUUACCCCAUUCUCUUCAGCCAGUACAACCCAGCUGUAAUCUACGGCAGUCAUGAUCACAUCCCCCCUGUGGAACAGCAGCUGAUCAUUAAGAAAGACACUGGCUUUUGGAGGGACUUUGGCUUUGGAAUGACCUGCCAAUACAGAUCCGAUUUCAUCAAUAUAGGUGGUUUCGAUGUGGACAUUAAGGGCUGGGGCGGCGAGGACGUCCACCUGUACAGGAAGUACCUCCACAGUAACCUGCUGGUGGUGCGCGCCCCGUCCCGCGGCCUCUUCCACCUGUGGCAUGAGAAGCGCUGCGCUGACGGAUUGCCCCCGGACCAGUACAAGAUGUGCAUGCAGUCCAAAGCCAUGAACGAGGCCUCGCACGGCCAGCUGGGCAUGCUGCUCUUCAGACACGAGAUCGAGGCGCACCUCCGCAAACAGAAGCAGCGGAGCAGAGCUAAAAAACCUUGAUGGAUGUCACCUCUUCUUUAUAUGCUCUUAAAGGGACAGUUGGCGCAAAAAUGAAACAAUUACGAAGCCUCAUGACAUUUGACGUCGUUUGUUCUGUGGAAGCAGAGCUCUGGUGGUUUUUUCACCGAAUAUUGACUGAAGCUUCGAAAAAGCACCAUAAAAUCAUUAAAAAGUAGUGGUGUCAAAC